AUGCCCAACUCUCCUCACAGCAUAAGCUUCGAGUCCUAUCGCCCGGUGGUAAUGGGGCGUAACGGGAUGGUCUGUUCAGGGCAUCCUUUGGCCUCACAGGCGGGCAUCGCCAUGUUGCAGAAGGGCGGUAAUUUUGCCGACGCGGCCCUGGCUACUGCUGCGGCCCUCAACGUGGUCGAACCCCUCAUGUCCGGCAUGGGCGGCGACGGGUUUAUCAUGCUCUAUCGCAAGGACACCGACCGGCUGGAGGUGUGCAACGGCACCGGCGCCGCUCCUUAUGCCGCGACCCGGGACUUCUAUAUGCUCGACGGCAUCCCCAUGAAGGGCAUCCUGUCCGUGUCCGUUCCGGGGCUGGUAAACAGUUGGCUGGACGUUCACGAAAAGCACGGUGUCCUGUCUCUGGCAGAAUGCUUUGGCCCGGCCAUAGACCUGGCGGCCAACGGCUUUCCGGUAACUCAUGUGCUGUCCAGGGCCAUUGCUUCCGAUGCCUUGCUCUGCCAGUUCCCCACCUCGCAGUCCGUCUUUGCUCCUGGCGGGCGUCCCCUGCAACCCGGGGAGAUCUGCUAUCAGAAAGACUUGGCUCGGACCUUCCAGGCAAUAAUUGAUGGUGGCCGCGAGGCCUUCUACAAGGGCGAAAUCGCCAGUGCCAUCGUCAAGUUCAGCGAGGAACAGGGAGGCAUCCUGUCCAUGCAGGACUUGGCCGACUGCCGGGCUCGCUGGCAGGACGCCAUAUCUACCACCUACCACGGCCAUACCGUAUAUGAGGCGCCGCCCAAUUCCAGCGGCCACAUCCUGUUGCAGGAACUGAACCUGGUGGAGGAAUUCGACCUGAAGAGCAUGGGCUGCAACUCUGCCGAGAGCAUCCACCUGAUGGUCGAGGCCAAGAAGCUGGCAUUUAUCGACCGCGAGGCUUACGUGGCCGACCCAGAGUACGUCGACGUGCCCAUCGAAGGUCUGCUCUCCAGGGAAUACGCCAGGGAACGGGCCAAGUUGAUUGAUCUGGAGCAGGCCUCCUAUGACGUCAAAGCGGGCAAUCCCUGGCCCUACCAGGCGGCGCAACCCAAGUCACGUCCGGCCAAGGUAGGCGCUGGCCAGGAACAGGAGGACACCACCUGUUUCGUGGUGGUGGACGGCCAGGGCAACGCCAUAAGCCAACUGCAGAGCAUCCAGAGCGCCUGGGGGUCGAGCCUUAUUGCCGGCGACACGGGCAUUCUUCUUAACAACCGGAUGACCUACUGGCACCUGGAAGAGAACCACGUGGAUUGUCUGCAGCCAGGGAAGCGGGUCCGGCACACCAUGAAUCCGGCAAUGGUUUUCCGCAACGCUGAGACGGCGGGCAACGGGGCCGGACGCCAAUUGGCCUUGGUUCUCGGCACCCCCGGCGCCGACACCCAGGUGCAGACCAACCUCCAGGUCAUCACCCACGUCCUGGACUUUGGCAUGACGGUGGCCGAGGCGGUGGAAGCUCCCCGCUGGCGCAACACCCAGAACCCCACCGAGUCCAACUUCCCCCACACCUGCGCCGACGAACUGUUGGUGGAGUCUCGCUAUGGCGCAGAAACAUUGGAGGGACUGCGGCAGCGGGGCCACGUCCUCAACGUCCUGGGCGACUGGGAAGCCACCGGCAGCGAGAUGAUGAUCCAGGUGGACCCGGAAACGGGCGCCCUCCACGGCGGCGCCGACCCCCGGCGCGACGGGUACGCGGUGGGUUACUAG